UGCUGCAGCCCCAGUCUAACAUGGAGACCGUGGAGGGUUACCGGCGCUACUUCAAUCAGAUCGUAGGCUUCUUCCUGGUGGAGGACCACGUUCUGCACUCCACACAGGGACUGUUAACCAGAGCCUUUACUGAGGAACUGUGGAACAUGGCCCUGUCUAAGAUCACUGCCGUGCUCCGCACACACUCUUCGUACUGCAGCGAUCCUGACCUGGUGCUGCAGCUGAAGAACCUCAUUGUCAUAUUUGCAGACACAUUACAGGGUUAUGGCUACCCAGUGAACAGACUGUUUGACCUGCUGUUUGAGAUCAGAGACCAGUACAAUGAAACGCUGCUGAAGAAAUGGGCUCUGGUUUCAGGAGGAGUCUUUGAACUGGACAACUACAGCCCUAUCCCCGUGGGCACUGAAGAAGAGUACAAGUCUGUCCAAGACUUUCCAAAGAAGCUACCGAUGUCUCAGUCUGUGCCUCAGAUCUACGUUCAGGUCAAAGAGUUCAUCUAUGCCAGUCUGAAGUUCUCCGAGUCACUGCAUCGCAG